AUGCUCACUCCGUUCACAACCAGCAACGGCGGCACAUGGGUUGUGCCCGGUACGCAUGCCAGUCUCAAAAAUCCGAGGGGUGAAAAUGACGGGAUCGAUGAGUUCGCACCAAUUCCGGGCGAAUUGCAAGCGACCGGCGAUGCCGGCAGCGUACUGAUAAUGGAUAGCCGUAUCUGGCACUCAAACGCAGCUAGUCCCAGUGAAAAGCCACGAGCCGCAGUGGUGGUGCGCUAUGCACCGUGGUGGCUAAAUCUGGAAUUCUUCGGCGUCAAUACAGCACCUAUCCCGGCGGACGUUUUCGAUACGUUCCCGGAGGAGACAAAAUUACUGUACGAUCAUCGAGUAGAAGAGCGUGAAAGCAAGAUCUGGGCGUAG